GAGAAAUAUAGACCUAUUUUACAAAAGUUCAAACAAAACUGCGCUGAUUGAUGUUUGGGUUUAACGGUCGUUACGUAGCUGACGUAUUUUGUAGGCGGGGCUAUGGUAAAAUAGCGGAAGAUUCAAAACGAAGAUGGCGACGAAAAACGAAYCCGAAAACAAUCGCAAAUUGGAUAAAUGGCAGAGUAAAUGCAAUGUGUUUUUCAGUCAUGAAAAGCCAAAUGGAAACCAGUCUGUGGUCUUUAACCCGGACUUCUACGUGGAGAGGUUAAGACAUGAACAUCCGCAGACCUUCACUGAUCUGGUGCUUAGCAAUAUCACUCGACUGAUAGAUCUGCCCGGGGACGAGUUUGCCCAGCUGACCGGAGAGUCGGAGCCCAGAGUUCCCACUUCCAGCGGAUUUCUGCGCUCCUUCAACUUCCUCAAACGGAAAGAAAAGGGGGUAAUUUUUGGGGCUCCUCUAACUGAAGAAGGAAUAGCACACAUCUAUCAGCUCAUUGAAUACCUGAGUAAAAAUCUGCAUGUGGAGGGGUUGUUCCGGGUGCCAGGCCACAGCUUAAGGCAGGCAGCCCUCAGGGAGAUGUUGAAUGCUGGGGCUGAGAUGGAUCUAGAAACAGGAGACUUUCACCCCAAUGAUGCAGCCUCGUUGCUUAAAAUGUACCUAGGAGAGCUGCCCGAGCCUCUCCUCACGCACAGACAUUAUCUCGCUCACCUAAAGAUUGGAGAGUUGACUCUUUUUGAUGAAAAUGGGGACAAGACAAACAACCCAGAUAAGCAUCGCCAGAUUGAGGCGUUUCAGCUGCUUUUCAUGCUGCUUCCACCGGCCAACCGCAGCUUGUUGAAGCUGCUGCUAGACCUUUUGUACCACACAGCUCGCAAUCAACACGCCAACAAGAUGUCUGCUAAUAACCUAGCAAAAAUGUUUGCUCCACACAUCAUCUGGCCCAAAAAUGUGAUGGCAAGUGAUCUUCAGGAGAACAUGGAGAAACUGAAUAAUGGUGUAGCAUUCCUCAUCAGGAACUCUCAAAAGCUGUUUAAGGCUCCAGUGUAUAUCAAAGAAUAUGCUCGAGUACUCUACAGUGGAUCAAAAACUCUUCAAGCAAAGGAUGAUUUAAGCCUCUGUUCUGGGACCAAAGAUGGCUCUGUGGCUGUGAUAACAUCUGCCUCAACUUCUCCCUCAAUAAGAACAAUUGAAGGUGAGACUCAGACUUAUACUGAAUCUGCCCUCAAGGAACUGUACCAGCAGGUCAACAAAAUGCCACAGUCUGCCAAGAAGAAGAAACUCAUCAGACAGUUUGAAAAGCGGCCUGAGCUGACCCCUUCGCCAGCGCCGUUUGUCAGGAGACAUUUCCGCUCUCGCUCUUUGGGUGGAAUUAUCAAGAGGAAAGCUCCAGGAUGCCAAACAUUUCCACAGAAAGAAAUCACCCAGAGUAAAGCUGACUGAUUGCCUUCCAAACAUGGUGCUUCUCAAAACCUGGAAAUCAAGUUUUUCCUUAUCUAUAGAUGAAAAAAGUAUAUUUGGGGACUGUGGAUAAAAACAAACCAUUGUAUGAGUUGUACAGUUUGGAUUAGAAGCUCCAUUUAAAUCUGUAUAAAUCUAAAGGAUGUCAAUGCAAGUUACAAAGCUAAUAUGAACACGCCAGCAGUUUGGUGUAUUCUGUAUUUUUGGGUCAGUUGUGAGGUUUUUUUUACUCAGUUUCUACAGUUCUCAUUAAUAACUGUUACAAAUAGCCUUUAAAAACCUGUGAAUUUGGGAAAAUUUUAGAUUUACUACUGAAGCAAAGUUAUUUAGUUAGGCUAAUAGUUUUUUUUAUUAAUUACCUGUAUGGUUUAAUGAAAAACUGUGAUGUGCAGAGUAUGAAUUUCCCCCCGUCAUUUAAUUUUUUUAACUUAUAGUGAGACCUAAGCGUAAAAUCCAAAAAUGUGCCUUAAAGUGAACCUCCUAUAAGUUAUGGUCCCAACCUGAAGUGUAUAUACAUAGGCUAGGGUCUCACCCCCAAGUAAGUUUCAGAAUUUUAAUUGGUUUGGUAUGUAAGUUUUACAGAAGAUACCAGGAUUAGCUUGUAUAAUAUGAGCAGUUUACUUUUUUGUUCUUGAAACUACUGUCAUUUGUAUUUUUAUUUAUUUUUUAAACGUUUUUGUUGUUUUUUUUUAGGCCAGUUUUUAGUCUUAUGCAAAUGUGAACAUAGCUUUAUCUUUUUAUUCAGCUAGAGUUUUUGGAAGUUUACAACACUUUAUUUCUUGUAUUCUG